CAAACAAAAAAUCGAAAAAUGCUGUGUUCAACAUUCUUUUUAAAAUUCUAAAUUUUAUGAGAUAACCUACCGACUUCGCACUACCAAAUUGGGCAAAAAAUAUAUCUUCGAGAUGAUGAAAAGCUGUCCCUCAAACCAUCCGCCCCAGCUCAAUGACUUCUGCCGCAUUUGCCUACUCCGCAAGGCCCAGCUCCGGCCACUUUCGGCUCAAAUCGAACCCGUUAUGAUUCCGGAGAUGCUGUACAAACUGACCGGAACCAUGCUCAACCUGAACGAACAGCUGCCGCGGGUCAUCUGCGAGGACUGCCUCACGAAGCUGGACCUGGCGUACAGCGUUACGGAGGAGUUCCGCCGGCAGGAGGAGCUGCUGCGAAGUCUUUGGUGGAAGGGCGCGCUGGUGGACCAUUUGGUGGCGUACUCGCGGACGGAGGAUUCUCGUCGGAAGCCGCACUCGGAGGAGAUUAUCGAGCGAUUGGCUGGAGAGCGGCGGAAGCAGGUUUUGGUUGAGCAAGUGGAGCAGCAGGACCAUGCAAGUGUCGGGUCCGGCCUCGCGGAUUUGGACGAGGACUUUGGAGCGGAUCAGGAGGAAACGAUACUGCCAGUAGAACAGCUUGUACCGUUGGUUAAGCCAGAAUCGCUCGGUGCAAGAGGCUUCGAAAUUAAAAUGCUUUCGGAUGGUCAGGAGGAGGAGCCAACAGACCAGUUUUUCGAUAAUGGACUCGAAAUGGUUCUGGAACUAGAAGAUUUGCAGACUAUCGGAGCCCUUUCAGCUGAACUACUAGAACAACUAGCCUGGUAUGGAAUCCCCGAAGAUGAGCCCACCUACAGCGUCACGUUUAUUCCGUCGGAUUCGGAGUACGACCAAACCGACAACGACAAGGAUACGGAUUACGUGCCAGAUGAGUUAGACGGCCAGGAUGACGAAUUUCUGCUGCUCUCGAUGCGAUCCGAGCUAGAACCGAGCGGGGCUGAUGAAAGAGUCGAACUUCGCGACGACGAAUCUGUCGCGUCCGACCCUGAUCUGGCUGUCGACGUGGCCGAUGUUGAUUUUCAUCCGGAUCGAGCCCGAGUUAUCGCCAAGAAGCGAUAUUGGCACCAAAAGGGCGAUUUUGAAUGUUCAGUGUGCAGAAAGGUUUUCCUCUCGAGGCGUACCUUGUACGUGCAUGCCAAAAAGCACAAUGCGCGCAAAGAAGGACAGUUCUCUGCAUCCCUGGAGGAGCCGAAAGAACUAGAAUCGGACCACCAGGAUAAUCUUGAAAAAGGAAAAGGCAAAUUCCAAUGCGAACACUGCCAAAAAAGCUUCCAGUGGUUGUCUGUUCUCAAGAGGCACGUCCAAUACCACGAGCAGCGGCGUGCGGCCGGAUUUCCGGUGCACAAGCAGCGCAAUGAAGCUGGUCGUUACAAGUGCCCAAUUUGUGGAAAGAGCUUCGUAAGGCGUAACAAACUCUCCGACCACGUGCGAAGGCACAAGGAUGUAGCGCACGGAAGAUUCGCUUGCAGAAUCUGCGGCCAUCCAUGUGGUAAAGGGUCUGAUCAAAGAAGACACGAGCGCAUACAUGAGACCGAUCCGGUGUGGCGGAACGUUCGAGACAAGAUUAAGCAACCGAUUGUGGUAGAAAAGAACGAUAAAGUCAUGUACAAAUGUGGCGAUUGUCAAAACGUGUACGCGUCCCGAUUGAAAUACUUCCAACAUGCCCAAAAACACAUCGUUCCCAGAGCUAGUCCUUAUCAGUGUCAGGAUUGCGGGAUGCGUUACAUGAUCAAGAAUAAUCUGCGACAUCACCAGCGGACGGUUCACAAGCUGUUCAUCAAGGUUGAACCCGACGACGAAAAGGAGGAUGAAACUAACGCUGAACCUGCUCCGGUGGAUAUCACGAAACGACUUCCUCACUGUGGUCAAUGCGAUGCGUACUUUAUGAACCAGCUAGACUACGGGUUGCACAUGCGAGCCCACAAAGUCCUAACCCACCAAGAGUCGUCGCCCAAUGGAAUGUCCGAAGAUGAUCAACCAACGGCAGAUCCCAGCAAAGGUCUGUGGAAUUGCAACGAUUGUGGCGUUACUUCGUCCUCCUACAGGAAUCACAAAGCGCACCACCGUAAACACACGAAUCUCCAACUGCUCAAGUACAAGUGUGAAGUUUGUAAAAUUGCAUUUUCAGCACCUUGGGAAAUUAGAAGGCAUCGAAGAGGAACCCAUGAAUUAAAUUGACCACCUUGGCAGACACGGAAGAGUGUCCACUGUGUAACAAGCCCAUCGAAAUAGAAAUGAUGGAACAACACAUCAAGGCGUACGACAACGUCCAGCCUUAAUUGAAAUUGUUGAUUUUUUCCGCUUUUUGCGACUAUGCCGUUUUUAGAAAAACAAAAGCAAAUCAUUUCAAAGAUAAAAAGUUUCAGUGAAAAAAUAUAAUUUAACCCAAAAAAGGCGAA